CCCUUCGUCUGCCAUCCCCAUGUUCCGCCUGGCCACGCCCAUGCGCCGCGGCGCCGUCGCCGCUGCCGGCCUCGGUGCUGCCGGCGCCUUCGCCACCUCGGCGCGCCUCAACUCUGGCAUCCACCACCCCAACUCGCACAACAAGGACAAGAACGGCGUCUACAAGUUCGUCUCGCCCAUCGAGUGCGACGACGGCGCGGUCAUCGUGCCAUGGGAGGUGCCGGAGCGCGCGACGCAGCUCGCCAAGCUCGAGAGCGAUGCUUUCGACGUCGUCGUCAUUGGCGGCGGCGCGACGGGCGCCGGCUGCGCCUUGGACGCGGCGACGCGUGGCAUGAAGGUCGCGCUCCUCGAGCGCAACGACUUUGGCGCUGGCACGUCCGGUCGCUCGACCAAGCUCAUCCACGGCGGCAUCCGCUACCUCGAGACGGCUUUCAUGAAGCUCGACAAGGCGGCCUUCGACUUGGUCACGGAAGCGUUGGAAGAGCGCAAGCACAUGCUCUCGGCGGCGCCGUACAUGAACCGCCCGCUUCCGAUCAUGAUCCCGAUCUACACGUGGUGGGAGAUCCCGUACAUGUGGGUCGGCGCCAAGGCGUACGACCUCGUCGCCGGCACGCAGCGCUUCGUGCCGGGCAGCUACUACAUUGACGCGGAAGAGGCCAUGUACCAGUACCCGAAUCUCAAGAAGGACGGCCUCAAGGGCGCGAUUGUCUACUACGAUGGCCAGAUGAACGACACGCGCAUGAACCUCUCGAUCGUCUUGACAGCGGCCCAGAACGGCGCCGCGGUCGGCAACUACAUUGAAGUUCAGUCCAUCAAGAAGAACGCGGACGGCAAGGUCGCCGGCGUCACGGUCAAGGACGUCAUGACGGGCAAGACGUGGGACAUUGCAUGCAAGGCGGUCGUGAACGCGACGGGUCCGUUCACGGACGCGAUCCGCAAGAUGGACAACCCGGACGCGCAGAACAUUUGCGUGCCCGCGGCCGGUGUCCAUGUCGUGCUUCCGGACCACUACAGCCCCAACCGCAUGGGCCUCAUCGUCCCCAAGACGUCGGACGGCCGCGUCCUCUUUUUCCUGCCGUGGGAGAACGCCACGAUCGCCGGCACGACCGACUCGGAGUCGGACAUUACGAUGCUCCCGACGCCGACGCAGCAAGAAAUCAACUUUAUCAUCGAGGAGGCCAACCGGUAUCUGGCCGUGCCCGUCACGAACGCCGACGUGCGCUCGGCCUGGAGCGGCAUCCGCCCGCUCGUCAAGGACCCGCGCCACGAGAACACGGCGCAGAUCUCGCGCGAGCACGUGCUCGAGGUCUCCAAGUCCAACAUGCUCACGAUCGCCGGUGGCAAGUGGACGACGUACCGCCGCAUGGCCCAAGACACGAUCGACAAGCUCCAGGACAUCAUCGCCGACGUGCCCAAGGCCGUGUGCAGCACGCGCGACAUGCAGCUCAUUGGCGCCGACCGCAUCGGCGAGGUCUGCAGCCAAAAGUUUGACCGGAUCACGGUCACGCUGCGUGAAAAGUACCUCAUGGACAAGGACAUUGCCGAGCAUUUGAUGCGCAACUACGGCACGCGCGCGCUCCAGAUCGCCGAGAUUGAGAAGACGGGGUUCCUCCACCGCAAGGCGGGCGACCACCCGAAGCGCCUCCACCCCAAGUACCCGUACUUGGAGUCGGAGGUCGUCUUUGCCGUGCGCCAGGAGUACGCGAUGAAGGCCGUCGACGUGCUCGCGCGCCGCACGCGCAUGGCGUACAUCGACACGGACGCGUCGCUCGAGGUCAUGGAGAAGGUCAUUGGCAUGAUGAGCUCGCUCUGCGGCUGGUCCAAGGCGCGCCAGGAGCAGGAGCGCAAGGACGCGCUCGAGUUCUUGGCCACGAUGCACAAAAAGUAACUAGUAUACGACCGUGUACGACGUCCAACAUGCCCACAAACAAGCGCACACAGCCACGUAAGGACUCGAGUUUGAGACCUGUGUGCACGGGGAAGAGCGUCGUCUAUUGCUGCGAGUUGCCGGAGCUCCAGAAGCCGUCUUGGGAGAACGGAAUGCUAAAAAAUAAAGAUCUGCUGUGAGCCGCGC